CUUGCCAUUAUCAAUUCAUCCCCCUUUCGUCUCGUUUGCUCCGGAGUAUUAUGCAGGUAUAUUUCGAUUUAAAUUAUCCGAAAAAUUCCGAGAGAGAGAUGUUUUGUGCACAUGUAACAACAUAAAAUAUAAAAAGUUGAAGAAUUAUUCCGAUGAAAAAUAACGACGAUGAACACCACGGAAAGAGAAGACGAUCCCGUCGUGAAAGAGAUACCAGUGUAUCUUUCCAAGACUUUGGCGGAUAAAUUAUUUAUUAUUCAGUAUCCUGCAUAUGUCAAAGAUAAUUACCCCAAUGCUACCUUCUCGAAAACUUUCGUUAAACCUGAAAACCAAAAAAUUCGUAUGGAACUUGCAAUGGAUACGUCGAAUAAACAUUCUUAUGAUUGCUACAUGGGAAAACAGUUGGCUUUAAAAACAGAUGGAAAAUCUACAGAAAAUGAUGAAAUAGUGUUUGAUAAUGGACUGAUGGAUAAGGUUGUAUUGACUUCAGAACGGACGUUGUCGGACUGCUCAAAUUUCGCAGUCGGGAUCUUUCAGGAUGAUGAGCUACACAUCACACCAUUGAAAUCAAUGUUGCAUAUGAAACUGCAGUGCGAUUAUCUUGACGAAAAUGAUAAGCAUGGGACAAAGAACACUGGAGAAGACGACGACGAGGAGGAAGAUAACGCUACUCCGGUGAAGGUAACAUUCGCUAGGCAUCUGUCGGAUAACCUGAAGAAGCUGCAGGAGCAAUCUUUCCAACAUCACAACAGAAAGAGCCAGGAGGAGCGUUGGAUGCAUACGAAUUACAUACCGGCUUACGAUACGCAAGCUGAGUCGACACGGAUGGAGAUGUUCUGCCCAUCGGCCGAAGAAUCAAUAAAUAAUCUGAAUUUGGGCCAGGAAAAUUAUCUGCGUCUGUUGGUACCCCAGUUACCUGAUGAGUGCUAUUUGCAAUCCACCUCUGAGGAUCAGACAGAUCUUCAUCACAUUUUGACUUUGCCUUUGCUAGACCAAAUCAGGAAAAUCAUGAAACAAGUGAGAGUUAUAUCCUUUGCAAAAUUAUGCGAAAUUCUAUCGCCGGAACAGGAUACAAUAACAAUACUCAAGUAUUUACAGCAAGUAGCUAUGCUGGUGCAGGGUAACUGGGUCGUGAAUAGUGAACUGAUAUAUCCCAAAGACAGCCUUUCUCCUCAAAACAGUACUUCUGAAUUCAUGUGCAGAACACGUGAUUAUAUUUUAUUAUUAUUUACCGAACAACAAUAUCUCAAUCGCAAAACGAUCUCGUCCGUCAUCAAGUUGCCAUCAGAAGAAAUUAAUCAGAUUUUUAUGGAGCUUGGAACGUAUGAAUCGGGGAAAGGUUGGCAACUGAAAGAACCACUCAACUGGGAUUUCUGCAAGAGAUAUUCCGAGAUCGUCCAGCGACAACAAAUGUUUUGGGAUGCGAAGAGGAAACAUCUGCGCGAAAUAAUGGAAGCGCAAAAUCAGCCACCGCAGCGUCAACGCCGGAAGUCGAAUCGGGAAUCGCUAGGUUCGGAAAACGAAGAGAGAAACGUUGGCCGUGGCCGAAAAUCGGUUAAGGAAUCAUCUGUAUCGGAUAACGACGGUGCAAUAACUGAAUCGGUUAAGCACAAGAAAAGUCGCUCCAGGAAAAUAUCAGAAACCACGUGACCAAAAUCAGUGCAUCGCGGUAGCUUAAAAUUCCUCUUUUUACCGGUCACUCUGAUCGUUGUCAUGUCGUAUCUAUGAAUCACGUGACUGCUUCGCUAUGAAUCAUGAGAUUUCUCUGCAAUGUCACGUCGACUAUGUUGGAAGUUGAGUUUUCCAGAAAUAUAUUCGAGGCUUAUGUUCAAAAAUAAAUCCCUAAUUAAUGCAAUGUGCAAAUAUAGUAUAUUAUAUUAGUAUGUUAUGCUAUAUUUAUUAAUGCAACUCUGAAUUUACACGCAAAAACACAAAUAUAUAUUUAUACAUACUGCACGCUUAUUAUAGGGGAGAGUGGGGAGUUUUGAAGCACGCUUUGUUUGGGGCUCAAAAGUACCACAAAAAAAUUUUUUUUUUUUUUUCACAUUUUAUCUAACCGAAUCUCUAGAGCAUCUUAAAAUACACCUCCUGGUUGAUGGAUUUGCAUAAAAUCCAAAGUCAUCGGCAAUUUUUGUCUGUUGGCCCAAAAAACUGCUUUUUGGAAUUUUCAAAAAUCGUGGGGAAUUGUGAAGCACGACUAAAAAUCGCUAUAUUUUAAAAUUGCCACCGCGUCAGUAACACAUCGAAUGUUUUUGCAUAAAUACAUUUGAACGUCGAAAGCCUAAUCAUUGUUGAUUAAUUUGUGUGCACUCACCUUUUCGAUUCGCUUGAAAAUGUUUAUGAAACUGCCACAAACACGAAUGCUCAAUAAAACUUUCCGAACAAAAUGUUGAACACACUGUCUGGAGAGAUACAACAAAGGUGUGCUAUCGGGAUGAAUGCUACAAGAAAACUGAGAUAUUAGGAGAACCAAUGUUUUCAGUAUGUAAGACCUAUCAAAACCACAACUAAGCGACAUCUAUGGCCGUGCUUCGCAACUCCCCAUGCUUCAAAACUCCCCACUGUCCCCUACGUAUUAUAUACAUGCGCGUAUAUGUGCGUAUAUUUAUAAUAUAUUACACACAAAUGUAAGAAAUUAAGAGUAAUAUACUAUAUUUAUACAUGCUUUCCAUGUCUCAAUUGUGGGACGUUCUGUAGAUGCGAUUAAUAAUUAGUAUGGAUUUUAAUACACACGUUAAGGAGAGUUAAAAUUAAAUAUAUAUACAUUCGGAUUUUUUUUUUGGAACAAAUAUCCUUGAUUCGAGCAUGACUGAGCAAGCUUUGCUAGCAAUAGACUUUUCUUAUUACACAUGUAGACUAAAAUACAUACACGUUCACACAUACACAAGAUUUUAUGUAUAUAUGAAAUAUAGACAUUUUACGUACACAUAAGAUUCCAUAAUAGGAAUGUACUGUAAUUGUAUCCGAUGUUUUCUGAGUGUAUUGUUUUG